AUGGCAGACUCCGAUAGAAAUAUCUCAUACAGGGGAAGAAUCCGAGACGAUCUGAGGUUCCGAGGGCCGGGAGAAGGGCGAGCGGCCGCGGCGGCGGCGGCGGCGGCCUCACGAUCCUCCCCCGCGGGCCCGGCCCAUCAAAUCGCACCGACCCCGCUGCGGCUCCGCCGUGCUCCCCGCUCACAUUCCCGGCGGGCGGCGCCUCUGCUCGUUGCCCGGACCCGGCGGCGGCGGCGGCGGCGACGUGGGAAGGGGGAAGGGAGGAAGCCUGGAUCUGCAGCGGCAGCGGGCGGAGGAGUCGCGAGGAGGAGGAGGAGCCGCUGGAGCUACAGCCGCCGCUGCCGGAGCCGCCGUUCGCUACCUGCGGUGGGUCCCGGUCAAUGCCCCUUUCUCUCUCCUAUUGUCAAUAUCACCAGGCGGCUGAGUCCAUGGCACACGCGCAACCGAACCUCCGAGCUAGUAGCGCCCGCCCCCGACGCCCAUCCAUUGGACACUUCAAACGGGAAGCACCGUCUCAUUGGCCGGCAUCUGCCUUCACUCCUGUGCCAGCAUGAUAGGCUGAGAGCUGAUCUGGGAUUGGCGGCGGGGGGGGGGCCCAAGACGGUGGGAAGAGAGGAAGCCGAGGAUUGGGCCGGAGUGUGAGGGACCCGGAUGCAGCCGUGAGUCGGGGCGGCACGGCCGCCUCUUCCGCCAGGCGGCCGGGCAGCCUGAAGCGGGGCCCCCUGGCAACCGCUGGCCCUGCGAGAGGCCCGGCUUGAUCCCGAAGGUGUGCGACGGUGGGUCUGCGGGAGAAGCCUCUCCGCACUGGGAGCCUUUGGACGGCGGUUCUCUUCGCCCAGAGGAUUCCGAGGGCGAGGGUAGGGCGGCACCCUGCGUCCCCUUCCGCGCUGGGAUGGCCGCCGGGCUCGCAGAGCCCCACCCGGGACCGAUCCCCGCUGCGGGGAAAGGAAUCAGACCCCGCGCCAGGGCGCUUCUGCGAGUGUAGACCGGUCCUGGAAGCCCAAAGCCGCUUUCCGCCGAGCCUUAUGGGAAGCCCCAAAUGUAAACCCCUGGGCAUCGCUUCGAUUCCUCCUGGUCUCCUUUUCCCUAAACGUGUGUUUUUGAGGAUCAGCUCCCUGGCGCUGCUGCAAGCUUCCGGCGAGGCCAGUGCUCGCGGAGCUUAUGCAGGUGGGAACGCUGUCACCUGACCGAGAGGACCUGCUUUGCAUCUGGAUCAAGUGAUGAAAUCUUUCUUGCAAUUGUCGGUCUGCUUGAACACGCCACGUACAUUUUUUUGAGGCAGAGAGAAAAGAAAAGGAAAAGCAGUGCUUAAUGCUAACGACAGACAUCGGACUACCAGUAGUCCAAAACUUGGAAAAUUCGGGAAGGGGAAAGAAAAAACAACAUCACUGGUAGAGCACUUGCCUAGUCGGCGGGAGGAGGCCCUAGGUUCAAUCCGCUGUACUAGGAAAGAGAAAAAAAUUAUUCGUGAUCUCUCAACCCCAAAGAGAACCACGGUUCGCAUUUUGGUGUAGUUCCCUUCCAGUAUUUGCUUCCUUUUGUGUUACUCAUAUGUGCUACUCUGUAACCUAGUCUCCCCCCUGAGCAUUAGGGUACAUUUUCCGGUAUAGUUAGGGAAUAGAAUUGUGUAGUAUAAACAAAGCUGUAGAUACCGUGUGUACAAGUGACAACUAGGAAGCGCACUUGUGUUUUCCUUGUGUGUUGUUUAGCAUUCAGGUGUUGCAAAUUUCUCCGCCCACUCCCAGAGAUGGCAGUUGGACGGAAAAAUAAAAACAUUUCCUGCUUUGAACUGAAA